AUGCAGGCCCCGGACGCGGGCGCUGGACCCGCCUCGUUCCUAACGCCGCUCGGCGCCGCCUACUACGUGAGGAGCAGGAGCCUGGACGUUGCGCACUACCAGGCGCUCAUCGACCGAGGCUGGCGACGAUCAGGCACCCUCCUCUACAAACCUGACGUUCGGAGAGCCUGCUGCCCGCAUUACACAAUCCGUCUCCCGGCCGCUGCUUUCAAGCCAACCAGAGAUCAGAGACAGGCUGUCAACCGUUGGAACAAAUUUAUUCUCGGCGAGUCCUACAUGAAUGAGGCUAAGAAGCUGCACCCCAAGACCAAAGAAGAAAAAGCAAAGCAGCGAAAUGGCUUCAACCUCUGCCAUGUCAUACAUGAGGCCGAAGACUCGAACGUGAAGAGGCCGCCCGAGCCUGCUCACCGCUUCGAAGUGACGCUGGAGCCUGACAACUUCACCGAGGAGAAGUUCCAGCUAUUUUCGAACUAUCAGCAAGCUGUGCAUCAUGAAGAAGCUCGCGAGGUCACCCGAGCAGGCUUCGCCCGCUUCCUGUGCGACUCGCCACUUCAGCGUUGUACAAUGGAAGGCACUUCGACGCGUCUGGGCUCCUUUCAUCAAUGCUACAGGCUUGAUGGGCGCCUCAUCGCCAUCGCGGUGCUGGAUCUCGUCCCGCGUGCCGUAAGUGGAGUCUACUUCAUUUACCACUCUGACUUCGAAAAGUAUUCUCUGGGAAAGAUAAGCGCUCUUCGCGAGGCAGCCCUGGCCGAAGAACUAGGCCUCCAGUUCUACUACAUGGGCUAUUACAUCCACAAUUGUAAGAAGAUGCGGUACAAGGGCGACUAUCAGCCCCAGUAUGUACUUGAUCCCGAGUCAUACGAGUGGAACAAGCUCGACGAUGAGCUUCGUAAGCUGUUGGAUGAGAAGAAGUACGUGUCGCUAUGGCGGCAGAGGCAAAACAAAGACGCCAAAGUGCCCGACAAUGGGGGAGAUACACCUAUGCCGGAGGCAAGCUCGGACGGCGAUUUCGAUGGAAAGCACCUGGAUUCGCCGUUGCUCGCUACGGCGGCUGUUGAUGAUGGUCUCUCCCUCAUGGAGCUGGGCAUGCCUGGUGUGUUGAAGGUAGAUGAACUCUUGGAAAGCAUCAGCCUGGACAAGAUCAAGAUCGGUAUCCCCAGUGCCGGGAUAGUCGCAAGUAUGGAGGAUCUCGUUACCUGGGACCAAGGAACCAUCACCAACAAGAGUUCGCUCAAGGGCCACAUCGCUGAGAUGGCUGCAUGCAUUGGUCCUGAUGUCGCAAAAGAGAUGAUCGUCCAGCUGAGCUGA